AUGAACGAAAGAAAGAAUCGACACCUCGGCUACUCGCGUGGCUAUUCCGACUUCGAGGACGGCUGCCACUCGCUGAGAUGGUUCUCAUACGAACCACUGUUCCUUGGCCCAGGGACUGCUGGAAGCCGCCGCUGCUCGAACGUCCGGUAUGCGCGAUCUCAGACGCCUGGAACUCGUCGGACUGGUGCUGCUCUCGCCGGAAAUCCUGUCGCUGAGGCUUGGUGCUCUUGCCGUUGGAUGGCCGGAGGUCAGAGUUUGAAGGGAUCGCGGCUCAGUUGGGCUAGAGGUCGGAGGUUGGAUCGCGGCUCGACGUCGGGAAUAGAUCCUCCGCUGCUGCUCGUUCUCGGUUCACCUACCUCGCGUCGCCGGUUGUCUUCCGGCCGAAAGGAAUUUCGAAGGGACGAUUGCUACUCAAUCGAGAGGAUAUGA